CCUUAUGUUAUUGUAGAAAUGGGUUGCGAAAAGGAAGCAAGGAAACUCAUGUCUCGAAGUAUGCUGGUGAGAUCAUGCUAUGAAAUAUGGGGCCAGGGUGAGACCGAGGAAGAGCUCCAUGCCAGUGUAAAGAGUUUUCCACUCGAGUUCAUCCAGCCACACAUCACCCGAGACAAGACAUUCAAAGUCAGGGUGGAGACCUUCAAUAAGACACUCAAGAAUGCCGAGAAGCUCAAGAAAAUAGAGUCUUUCAGUUACUUACCCUUUGAGGGGAAUGUGAAUUUGAGAAAUGCAGACACUUGCCUACACCUGAUUGAGUACUAUGGUCUACACCCAAAUAUUGUACCAGAAAAGCCCUAUAAAAUAUUCUUUGGAAGAUGGAUCACAGAUGGGCAGAGGGAACUCAUAGAUAAGUUUUCCCUUAAGAAACGGACCUAUAUUGGGAGUACGUCCAUGGAUCCGCAGCUCUCCUUCAUCAUGGCAAAUUUUGCGCAAGUCCAGGCAGGGGAGGUGGUGGUAGAUCCAUUUGUGGGCACCGGUUCUGUGUUAGUUGCGGCUGCACAUCGAGGGGCAUAUGUUUGGGGCUGGGAUAUAGACUACCUCACACUACAUGCAAGAACAAAACCCACUCGACAUAGUCAGAAACAACGUGCUGCUGAAGAAUCAAUACGUAGCAAUUUGAAACAGUAUGGAUUAGAAAACCAGUAUAUGGAUGUUGUUGUCAUGGAUAAUGCAAGGCCGUUUUGGAGAGGAGCUCCGUAUGUUGAUGCAAUCAUAACAGAUCCACCUUAUGGGAUCCGAGAAUCAACAGAGCGAGUUGGGACAUUCAAGAAUCUAAAGGUGAAUGAGGAGGGGGCCAAGCAGCAGGUUCCAGCAGCACAGCACUUCCCAUCCAAGAUUUCGUACAGCCUCUCGGAUGUGUUCCGCGAUCUCAUCAAUUUUGCCGCAACCCAUAUGGUGAUAGGAGGCAGGCUUGUCUUUUGGUUGCCUGUGUUUAGAGAAGAUUACCAUGAGGGGUUGGUUCCUAGUCAUCCAUGUAUGGAACUUGUAUCCAACUGUGAGCAAGUUCUCACUGUACAUUCCAGCAGAAGGCUUAUCACCUUACGCAAGACGAGACAUCCAGAGGAAGGGGAAACUGCCACAGCCACAGUGACAGACCUAACAGCGAAGUUCAGAGAGAAGUUUUUCCAAGCCUCGCACAUGACCAAAGAGGAGAGAGCUAACAUGAAGUGCCUCUUCCCACGAGACAAGCGAGGACAAGGUCUCGGAUACAGACUGACGGAGUCUCAAACCAAAACCAGCGGGCCUCAGGAUGGUGCCUCAGGGAAAGCAGCCUCUUGUAGCACUGACAUGCCAGUAGCAGAAACCUCUCAUAGUGAACAGAGAAACUUACCGACAGAUAGCUCUGAGUGUCCUAAUGAAUUAGAGAAAGACAAAAGUAAAGAGGAGUGUACUGAAGUCAUCAGUGACAAAUGCACUUUAAAUCAGGAAGAAAAACAGCAAGAAGGCAGAAGAGAGGACACAAGUAGCAGUGAUGCUGUUCAGAAUGUUGCAUAAAUUGAGGGAAUGUUAUCAAGUUUGUUUAAGAACCAAGUAGUGUUUGUAAAUAUUUUUGUUUAAUUUUUUAAUUUUUAAUAUGAAAAAUAGAAAUCUGUUAUUUUUUAUGAAACAGUUCUUUGAUUAUGGUUCAUAAUCAAUUACAACACAGUAAGUCUUCA